AUGGCGGAGUACCUGGCAUCCAUUUUCGGCACAGAGAAAGACAAGGUCAAUUGUUCUUUCUAUUUUAAAAUCGGCGCUUGCAGACAUGGAGACCGCUGCUCGAGAUUGCACAACAAACCAACCUUCAGCCAGACCAUCUUGAUUCAAAACAUCUACCGAAAUCCCCAGAACAGUGCACAGACGGCAGACGCUUCACGCUGUGCCGUCAGCGAUGUGGAAAUGCAGGAGCACUAUGACGAGUUCUUUGAGGAGGUGUUUACAGAGAUGGAGGAGAAGUACGGAGAGGUGGAAGAGAUGAACGUGUGCGAUAACUUGGGCGACCACCUCGUUGGGAACGUCUACGUGAAGUUUCGUCGUGAGGAGGAUGCAGAGAAAGCAGUCAUGGACCUGAAUAACCGCUGGUUCAACGCCCAACCCAUUCACGCAGAGCUCUCACCCGUCACUGACUUCAGGGAAGCUUGCUGCCGCCAGUAUGAAAUGGGAGAGUGCACCCGAGGUGGCUUCUGCAACUUCAUGCACCUGAAACCCAUAUCACGGGAACUCCGUAGGGAGUUGUAUGGCCGCCGCAGGAAAAGGCACCGCUCUCAAUCGCGCUCCCGGGAACGACGCUCCCGCUCCAGGGAUCGACGAAGGGAUCGCGAGAGGCGGAGGUCGAGGGACCGAGAACGCUCUGGACGAUUCUGAAGGAAGCCAAUACUGACCUGAUCUCCUACCAAAUCCCUCCUUCUUAAUCCUAGCAGUGAAGACAGUUAUUUUCUUUUUUUUUUUCGGUGAAUUGUUGGAAGUGUUUUUUCUUUUAUUCCUUUUUUUAAGACGAGCUUGUGUCGCUUUCUCAAUAAAAACAGAUUUGUAACACAAUUUGAUUAUCUGAACAUCAGUUUAUUUCUCAGCCAGAAUUCCUUCAACAAGUUACUUUGUAUAAAAGAAAUAUU